AUGGCUACCAACACGACCCAAAGCAACCUCAUCCGUCUUGCCCCCCUUCAACUGGGCGAGCUCCCAGAACAUCCGUCUCUCCCUUGCGCAGACAGCGUCCGCCCACAGCUCCUCCCCUUCCUGCUGACUCUACUCGACGACGGCGUGGAUUUCCUUUCGCCGGCCAGCUUCUCUGCCAACUUCAAACAUCACUCCGUCAGGUCUGCGCCACCUAGCGAGGCCAAGGUCGAGGCGUUUACCUACUCGGUUGCGGCCAGAGAGUUGGAAGAGAUUGUUGAUUGGGGGGCGUCCAAGAAUACAACCGCCAACGCGAAUGGAGGGCAAUCGGGGGAGGCCUCGGGACCUGGCGAGACUUACACCAGGCCUGGGCGAAGCAAGCCGCCGCCCAGAGUUCUAAGUGGAGGCGAACAUUGGUGUGCCCGCAAAUCGAUCCACAGGGAGGUGUCGUCGAAAGAUGCUUCCACCCCAGGAAACGCUAGUUGGAAAGAGUUCAUCUUCGGACUGCGCGACAAUCAUUCCAAACACGAAGAGGAUUUUACGCCCACUCUGUACGACGCGCAUUGCGUGUGCACAUGGAAUGAGGAGGUCAAAAGUCUCGAAUCUCAGGAGAAGAUUGUGGGAAGAAAUGGUCAGAAAUAUUCGUGCGUGACAAUGGCGAUCUAUGAAAUGUGCCACGCCACUCCGCCGCCGACCAGUCCCCGCUGUUUCCCCGUCCUGGUCGUCACAGCGAGUAGAAGCGCGGAGGAAUUCCUCGCCGUCACUGUUCCCGUUAUCUUGGGUACGGGCGUUCACAACGCCAUCUAUUCCUCGGGCCGCAACACCCGCGAAGGCAAGACCUCGCAACAACGAAAAUCCGUCGUGCUGGGCGUUUAUGCCGCCGUAGAGAUCGUCCGGCGGAAAAAGGGAAAUGCCAAUGUGGGUAAAAAUUGGGACGAGGUGGAAUGGAUCAUGGCAACUGCGAGCGAUGCAAAGGGCAAUUUGCCCAUGUGGAUGCAGAAGAUGAGUUUGCCGAGCAUGAUUUCGAAGGACGUGAGUUAUUUUAUGAAGUGGAUCAAGACCGUGCUAGAGGACGAGGUGGAGGGCGUUAAGGUCGCCUGA